AUGGCGUCGCGGACGGCGUCCAAGGACAUCAUCACCCUGCGGGGCUCCGCCGCCAUCGUCAGCGAGUUCUUCGGGUACGCGGCGAAUAGCAUCCUCUACAACCGCGCGGUGUAUCCGGAGGAGAGCUUCACCAAGGUGAAGAAGUAUGGACUCACCAUGCUGCUCACGCAGGACGAGGGGGUGAAGAACUUCAUCGCCAACCUCACCUCCCAGCUCUCAGAAUGGCUGGAGGCCGGGAAGCUGCAGCGGAUCGUGCUGGUGAUAAUGAGCAAGGCCACCAGCGAGGUGCUCGAGCGCUGGAACUUCAAUAUCGUCACCGACGCCGAGGUCGUCGAGAAGGGGGCUAUCAAGGAGAAGAGCGACAAGGAGAUCAUGAGGGAGAUUCAAGCCAUCAUGCGCCAGAUCGCCUCCUGCAUCACCUACCUCCCCUGCCUCGACGAGCCAUGCGUGUUCGACGUGCUGGCCUACACGGACACGGACGUCGACGCUCCGGGCACCUGGGUCGAAAGCGACGCCAAGCUCAUCGACAACCCGCAGAUGGUUAAGCUGCACUCGUUCGACACGAAGAUUCACAAGGUGGACACGCUGGUGUCGUACAAGAAGGACGAGUGGGACGAGGAGUAG